AUGUCCGGAAGACUUUCUCUCCUCCCUCCUUCCUCUUGUUCUUCUUCUUCCUCUUCCUCCCCUCCUUCCUCUCCUUCUUCUUCCUUGUCGAUAACUGCUGAGGAAGGCGGUGAUGGUCUGGUGCGGGGAGACCUGAGAAGAUCCUAUGGCCGGGGGGAGAGGGGGCUUCGAUGGCGGCGGCUACUUUCUUGUUCUGCGGCGGGAGGCUUCCUGGGUUCUGAGAGCUUACUCCAGACCGGCCCGUUCCUCUACUUUCGUCUAUUGUUUUAAAAAUCUCCGAAGAAAACAGAUGGGAGGGAGGCGGUGGGGACGCUCAGUCGGUCGCCAGGAGUGGAAUAGGAGUCAUCCGUUCCAUUCGGUUUAUGCCCUAGGAGACCCCACCUCUCUCUCUCUCUCUCUCUCUCUCUCUUUCUGCAUCCUCUCUUUCUCUGCCCCGUGGACAAGAUCGACUCUAUCGCAAAUGCAUGAAUGCCGCGGCUGCUAUUACUGUACCCUAGUUUCGUAAGUAGAGAACUGGAUGAAUAGUCAAGGAUCGAAUCAGGCUUCACAGUGAUCCUCCUCUCCGCCAGAAAAAGAAGCCAACCCGUGGCUCUCUCUCUCUCUCUCUCUCCCUCUCUCUCUCUCCCUCGGUAGGCCUGCAUGUAGACGAUAUUAUUCUUCUGCGUCGCAGUUCCGCCGGUUGUUUGCUCGUCUCUUUCUCUCCUCGACACGAAUCAUCUGAGUGUCUGCUCAUCUUAGCUCGUCCAGAUCCUUCCGUCUUCUUUCCGCAUCCCUCUCUUCAUUCAAUCCAGACGAGCCGAGCAAUAUUUCGGCCCAACCAGAGAGUUCGAAGGGAUCCCGCCAAUGGCAGUUCCUCCAUAGAAGCGGAGAAGAGUAGCGAGAGAGGUGGUCGCCUACUGGAUGGCAAAUCAUCAUCAACUGGGAGACGCCGGCCUCCCUGAACCAGCGCCUUUAAGUCACGCUCUUCUCUCUAAUGGAAUCACUACUUCAUCUCAUUUCUUGUACUGUUCCUUUCCCUCUCUCUCUCUCUCUCUCUCUAUCUUUCUCUCUCUAUCGCUAGAUCACAAGACACUUACCGCUCUUUCCACCCCCAUCAAGUCCUUAAUGGGAUUACACCUCUCUCCCCAAUUGCGGAGAAGAGUUCCUAUCCGAUCCAUCGGCGGGUCGUUUCCUUUCUCUUUGCCUUUUCUUCUCCCCAACUAACCUGUCCGCCUGCUUUGUCCGCCACCAGUUCAUCGAUCUAAUUGUAUAUAGUAUUUGUAGCUGCUCAAUGGUGCCGUUUUUGGUGGUUCCAGCGGUGCACCAGAUGGAUCUGAUUGCUUUGGAGAACUGGACGAGGAUUUCAUUCAAGGCGUUGUGCCCAUGAGACCUGACGCGGACGGAAAGCGUAGGCAUUACCGCUCGUGCUUAACCCCUUCCAUUAGCUCUAUCUUCUAUAAUCCCUCCCCCUUCUUUCAUCUUUCUAUCUCUCUCUCCCUCUCUCUCUCUCUCUCUCUCUCUCUCUAUCGAUCCACCUAUCUGCUGGUGCCUUCUCUUUCUCUCUCUAAAUAUACAGAUGCCCAGAAAUUUGAUGUGGGAUGAUAUACAGAAGAGGAAGGGGGAAGCAGGAGCUGUCUGAUCACGGAAAGAUAGAAAGCUAAACUCUCCUGUUCUACCUUCCUCGCUCUGUUCUCUACCCGAGAGGAAAGCGGAGGAGCUCGUUUUGAAACCGGCUCGUUGGACUUCCUCUCCUUUCUUGUCGCCUGAGAUCUUCUGUUGAUCUCUGCGUUUGUUGCUCGUCGCAGCCUUCUUCACAGCAAGGCCAGCUCCUCCUCCACCGACCCUGGAAAUCUUUCCCUCCUGGCCAAUGAGGCUUCCGCAGCCGAGCUGGGUACGGCCCUCCUCUCCCCCUCCUGACUCUGGUUCCAAGCCAGAGAAAUUUAAUGGAGACGAUAUCUGGCCACUGUCGAGAGCAACGUCGGGGUCUUAACCGUGUUCCUUGUUCUAAAAAUGACACCAGGGGAGUCCGCAGUCGGCAGAGAGCAAUGAGUCAGGAUCUGCGCAGAAAGUCUCUACUGCUCAUCUGGCGUCGGGCUCUCCGGCCAGUAGGAAGGCAUCUUCAUGGCAGAUACCUGAGCAGAACGGGCGAGAGAUGGCCGGCGAUCCUUCAAGAGCAGCUCCUGGGGGGGAGAGUCGUCAGCAGAGGCCCCAAGAAAAGGUUCGCUAUCCUCUAUCUCUCUCUCUCUCUCUGUCUCUCUCUCUCUCUCGCUCUCUCUCCAUGGGCUCGUGACGCCCGUGAAGCAAGACCCAAGAAGGUACACAGUUGCAGCUUUGAGGGGGUCGAUUUCUAAUGUCAACCAAGGUACCAAAGUCCCUCCGAGGAGCAGCUUUCAAUCUGUUCGCCAGGGGGUGUACAGUGGACUCUCCUUCCCCACGCGACCUCUUUUAAAAAAUGGCAUUUUAAUGAUCUUUUACCAGUAUUUAGAGCAUCCCGCUUUUAGUCCUCUUCGGAGGAGGAGAGGCACUUCUUAGAACUGCCUGGCAGAGAAUUUCCAUGACGCUUCUUGAGGUUCUCUCUGUCUUCCUUGUCUUCCCCCGGAUGCAAUAGACCCCUACUCUCUUCUUCGCAAAUAACAGAAAUAACGCCAAUGACCCAGUUUUCGUUUCUAAAUGUUGCAGAGAAACUUCAUCAACAAUGACGGCAAGCCGCUGGACGCAAAGGUUUCUCUCUCUCUCUCUCUCUCUGGCCCUCUAUCUAUCUCUCUCUAUUCCCCUCUAUCUAUCUCUCUCUCUAUUGCCCUCUAUCAAUCUAUCUAUCUAUCUAUUUAUCUCUGAAUGUCUAAUCUAUCGAUCAAAUCUCUAUCCAUCUAUCUUUCUAUCUCCCUAUCUAUGUGUCUAUCUAUUUAUCUAUCAUCUCCCUACUCACGUCCACGAGGACCGUGCAUGUGAUGGCACGCGUAUCUGCAUGGAGACCACGAGCUUGGCUCUCCGAAGUUGGAAACUUUCGCUGAAACCUAGAUGUUGUUCAUCAACCUCAGACGUUGAGGCGCCUGGCUCAGAAUAGGGAGGCCGCGAGGAAGAGCCGGCUGAGGAAGAAGGUACUAACUGACUAGGCGGCAGCCCUAAACCAGCAAGAGCUCGUCGUCCCUUCCUCCCUGUCCAUAUCUCAGGUUCCAACGAAACCAGAGGACUAAUAUUAUACGCCUCUACGUCAGGCCUACGUCCGGCAGCUAGAGACAUGCAGACUGAAGCUCGCCCAGAUGGAGCAAGACCUACAGAGAGCACGCUCGCAGGUUCCGCCAUAGCCACCUCUCACAGGGAGGGCAGCUGUCUGUGUGUGUGUGUGGAUUUCCUCGCCGCCUUUCUGAUCCUUAUCUCAUGCCGGUUGCUCUCCAGGGUCUCUUCUCCGGAUCCGGCGUCAGCCCAGGUAAUUGGAACCCAACGAAACCCGUCAAGAUCGCCACUACUCGCCGCGACUGUAAUGGCGCCGGUUUCUCCUCUGCAGGCGCGGCGAUCUUCGACAUGGAGUACGCCCGGUGGCUGGACGAGGACAGGAAGCUCAUGUCGGAGCUGGGGACGGGGCUGCGCGGUCAAUUAGCGGACGACGACCUGCGAGUCGUCGUUGACGAGUGCCUCGCCCACCACGACGAGAUCUUCCAGCUCAAGGCCGCCGCCGCGAGCUCGGACGUCUUCCACAUCAUCACCGGCAUGUGGGCGUCGCCGGCGGAGAGGUGCUUCCUCUGGAUGGGCGGCUUCCGCCCCUCCGAGAUCCUCAAGGUCUUACCUCUUCCCUCGGAGUUUUCUAGGCCGCGCGGAGGAUUCGGAUGAUAAUCAGUCAAGCAAUCAAUCCAUCUAUCUAUCUAUGUAAUGAGAGUAGUAGCAGUUUGAAGAUGUGGGAGGGUAUUAUAUACUAGAUUUAAUCCCAGAUAUAUAAUUUUCUUGGCGGAUUGAACAGAUGCUGAUCCCCCAGCUGGACCCCCUGACGGAGCAGCAGCUGGCGUGGAUAUGCAGCCUACAGGAGUCGUCGCAGCAGGCGGAGGAGGCGCUCUCGCAGGGCCUCGAGCAGCUCCAGCAGUCGCUGACCGACACCGUCGCCAGCGGCCCGCUCAACGACGGUGCCAACGUCGGCGAUUACAUGGCACAGAUGACCCUCGCUCUGGGGAAGCUCUACAAUCUCGAAGGCUUCGUCCACCAGGUUCGUUCGCCCCCCCCCCCCCCAUCUCUAGCCGCCGUCGUCGUCCUCUCUGUCUCGGCGUUCGGUCUGUUAAACACGUGUCGCCAGGAUGGGCUAAGCCUCCCCUGAUUAUUUUUUUGUCAUCAGCCGUAGCUGUCUGCGCACCGCCUUGUGGGCCCCAGGAACCUCCUUCCCCUCCUUUUUAAACGCCCAGCUUGUCCUAGGGCUACGGCUCCCUCGCCACGUGUCGGCUCGACCACUCCUCCACCGCCCGCCAUCGGACCAAUCCUGGUCCCCACAGCCUUUGCCCUAAUUGAUGCCCCUCCCCCUCCCUUUGUCGUUGCUCAACGGCCAUGUCCCACCCCCGGCUCUAUCUCUCUCUCCCUCUCCCUCUCCCUUUCCCUCUCUCUCUCUCUCUCUCUAUCUAGAGAGAUAUUUAUAUGUUGUUGCUCUUACAGGCGGAUAACCUGCGGCAGCAGACGCUGCAGCAGAUGCGGAAGAUCCUGACCGUUCGACAGGCGGCGAGGUGCUUCCUGGCCGUCGGAGAGUACCACGCCCGGCUGCGCUCCCUCGGCUCCCUCUGGGCCUCGCGCCCUCUGACAGAGUAA